AUUCGAGCUGAACUGGAGGGAGUUCUGCUGUAUGCAAUGUUGUGUACAGCUAACUAGCUAGCAGAGUAAAGAUAACUUAUCUAACAGUUGCGGCUAACCUGCUCCUGCUUACAAACUAGUCUGUGGUGAGGAAAUAUGCUUUCAAGCGAGACUGUUACAAUGUAAAAGCUAGCUAGAUGUUUUUUUUAGGAUUCUACAACACUAGAGACCUUCCAAAUGGAUUUAGAGGAUGACACCACUGUGUUAACAACCUUGAAGUCCUUCAAUUCCUUCAUCAGCCAUUCUAAUGCUCCACAGAGGCUGUCAGAUCACACAGCGGGGAAUGGAAACCUGCAGAGUCAGUACAAACGCAGCAUGGAGUUGCUGGAAGCAGCAGACAGAGUUCAUUCCAAGAAUCGCUACCUUCAGUUGGACCAGGAGAAGAAGCAGAUGGAGCUUAGUCACAAGCGAGCUCGAUUUGAACUGGAGAAGGCUGCUUCUGACAGCGCACGAGACUUUGAGCAUGAGGUUGACCGGAACCAAGACCUCAUGGGGCAAAUAAAAAAGUUGGGGGAGAGAGAGACGGAUGCAGCUAAGAACCUAUCAGAGCAGGUGGAGGUAAAUUGUGCACUCCGUCAGAACUUGAAGGGCCUGAACAGGAAACUGGAGGAGAGAGAUACAAGACUGAACACUGCUAACCAGACCAUCAGUUCUUUGAAGGAUGAGAUCAGAGAGCUGAAGCAGAAGAUUCAAAACCAAGACUUGACAACUUCUUCUCAAGCCCUUGAAACCCAGGAACUGCAGGAACAGUUAGAUCUACAAUGCAGGAAGUAUCAGGAAGUCUCUCAGCUUUGCCAAAGUCUCCAAGCUGCCCAGUCCUCCUGCUCGGAGCACAACAUCAAGAUAAAGGAGUUGGAGAGGCGUCUCACCCUCCAGGAGCAAGACAUCUCCAUUGUGAAGACUAUUAAGUCUGAGGCGGCAAAAGUUCCAGACCUGGAAAAGGAGUUGAAGUGCCUCAGAGAGGAGAAUGCCUUUCUCAGGGAGAGCAGGGAGAACUGCAGCCUGUUGAAAGAGGAGGUGGAGGGGCUGAGGAGAAAGCUGGAAAGGAUGCAGAAGACAAAAGAAGAGCUGGUUAACAUUGAACUGGAGAAGGAGAGGUUGGCGGAGAAGCUCCAAGCCUGGGUAAACCUUGGGCAAUCUACUGGACUCAACAUAAGGAAACCCGAGGAUCUGUCCAGGGAGGUGAUUCAGAUCCAGCAGAGAGAAAUUGCUCUAAAAGAGCAGAACUACAAUCUCAACAGCCGUGUGAGGAGUAUGGAACAUUCACAGUCUGACCUCCACGCAGAGCUGUCCCAGCAGCGCAGCAAGACUCUGGAGGAGCAGAAGAAGAGGGAGGCGCAGGACGCUCUUCUCCGUCGACUACAGAAGCGAGUGCUGUUAUUAACCAAGGAGCGUGACGGAAUGCGUGCCAUACUAGAGUCCUAUGACAGCGAGCUGGCACCUUCUGAGUACACUCCUCAACUCAGCAAACGGCUCAAAGAGGCAGAGGACAUUUUGCAGAAGACACAGAACCACAAUGCAGAGAUGGAGGGACAGUUGACCAAAGCACAGGAAGAGACAGGGACUCUGAAAAUGCAGCUGCAAAAAGUGGAGCUGGAGCUGGAGUCUCUAAAGAAGCACCAGGCCUCUGCUGCUGACUGCAACUCUUCAGUGAACAGAGAAGAGGUCAGCAUACUCAGACAGAAAAUUGAAGAUUUAGAGGCGGAGCGGCAGCGUCUGGAGGAGCAGAACAACAUUCUGGAGAUGAGACUGGAGAGACACAAACUACAGGGAGACUAUGAUCCCGUCAAAACCCGAGUUCUCCACUUCAAAAUGAACCCUACCUCUGUUGCCAAGCAACAGCGGCAGCAGGAUGUUGAGGCUCUUCAGGAGGAAGUGACACGUCUGAGGGAACUUGUGCGCUCAUUGCAGGAUGGAGGUGCCAUGGGCCAUUCACAAGACGAAUCAAGUAUGCACGCCCCCAGCCUUGGCCUUGGUUUUCCGCCAUCAAAGGAGGUGCUGGAUUUACGUAAGCAGAUGGAGAGCUCCGAGCUCCGGAACCAGAGGUUGAAGGAGGUGUUUCAGAGGAAAAUUCAGGAGUUCCGCACAGUCUGUUACGUCCUGACCGGUUAUCAGAUGGAUAUCACCACAGAAAACCAGUACAGGCUCACCUCAGUCUAUGCAGAGCACAUGGACGACUCCUUGCUCUUCAAAAAGGGCUCCAAUGGAAGCAUGCAACUCAUGGAGACAGAGUUUUCAAAAACUUUGGGAGAGAUGGUGGCCCUACAUCUGCAUCACCAGAUGAGCAUCCCAGCAUUCCUCUCUGCUGUGACCCUCGAGCUCUUUAGCCGACAAACCAUGAUCUAAAGUAACUUGACAUCAACUCUAUCACACAGGUGACACAUUACAGAUGGGAUUAGUUUUCUUUUCAAUUUCCUGUUUUCUUGCUCUCUUUCUUGCUUUUUUCUGUCUCAGAAGAUAUUCAGAGUUCUCUCAGCAGCUUGAUCAAAACAGUAAGUAGGGUAGUCAGGGCUGUGUUGAGGAAGAUUAACUCUGUUUGAUGAAAUAUUUCUUUUAUUUCUUGUAUCUUGUAUUCAAAAAAGCUAAGAAAACCACUUGGUUUGUCCUCUGAAUAUUUCAUCAAUGAAACUUUGAGAAAUACCUUGUUCUUAACAGGAUGAAGUUGUUAUUAAAAUGCCACACAAAAACCACUACAAUUUGGAUUUUGGAGCAUGUUUUUUACAGUGGGCGUUUAAAGCACACUUCCCACCAAGUUAAAUUCACAUUGUGGAGAAAGGUUUAUGUGGUUCUCUCUGAUCUGUAGUAGAUGCAUGUUGCGUGGUCUUUACCAAGACUGAAUCUUUGACUGUUUUUAUUCUGCUUUUUGUCUCCUAUCUCUUGGGGAUUUAUGUUUUACACCAAUGUUUUGUGGUAACCGCUAGUCCGCGCCAAUCCAAUUUUAAAUACAAGAUGGGUGGAUUCUAUUUUUUCUUUCCUUUUUUUAAUUCAAGUGCUGGAAUGUAUCCAAAUUAGAUUUUGGAUUUAGUGUUAAUAAAAAAUUGAAUUGAAUUGUUUGUUUUUAAUUAUUGUUGAAUUAGAAUUAGAAUUCAUAAUUAUGUGCUUGAAUUGGGUAAGGGGGAGGAGAAGUAUUUGUGGAAGUCAAUUUAAAUAUUAUCCAUAGCAAACAUCCUUACCUUCUGCCUUUUUAAAAAAUGCAACUGCUUUAAAGUAACAUUACUGCAAGAACACACAUUAGCUUGUUAGUGAAGGCCCAGAAACACAUAAUUUUUACAAUGAAUUGUUAGUUUACGACUAGAUCACAUGGGUUGCGUUUGAAUUGAUUGGAAUGGAACAUGUGAGUGCUCAGUUUUUUUAAUCUUUUUCAUUUUUUAGUUUUUUCAAGUAUCAGCCUGACUUCAGAAAACCUUUUUAUUUAUUUUUUUACCUUUUUAUCACAAGGUUUUAAGCAGUAUGCAUAUUUCUGUUUCCUCUCCUGAAAUGCUUCAUACACAAACAAUCAUAGCAGAACCUUGUUGUUACCUUUUAUAAUGCAAAAAGAAAUCUUUGGAUAUAAAUUUAAUUUGAAUGACCUAUGAGUUCCUCGAAUUUGGUUAACGAUCACGCCUGUGUGUGUUGGUGCGAGGACGAACACAAGAUAACACAAGGCCAAUUUCUAGGCAGCAAUAAAGAGAAAUGGCAGAAAUUAACAUGGGUGAAGAGGAAGCAAGGAAGCAAUCCAAUAAAAACGGAGAAACAAAAGGAAGCGAGCUAAGAAUAAAGCCACUUAUCACUGCAACAAAAUGAGGACUCCAGCUGGUGCAGCCAUAUGUCUCAUGAGAAAACAUAUUCUCCUGUACAGUACACGCCACAAACUGUCCUUGGUUUUUUCUUUUUUGCAUUCAUUUUCACAACACAGCACAUAUCCUCCACACCCUUCAGCUCUCACCUAAAAGUAAUAUUUGGAGUGUUUCAUAUAAGCUGUGUAAUACAUACAGCACUGCAGUAUACAAUGUUUUCUUUAAGGCAGUGUAUAAAGUGCUGGGGUUUUAUCGCUAUUGUCCACAUCCAAUUAAAAUGACUGUACCUCUUUGCUGUUGAAAUGCAAAUGUAAUCAAUAAAGCAUAUUUGACUUACUUGACAA